AUGGAGAAUCCUUUAACCUGCGAUGACUCUGUCCUCAAAAACUGCUUCAAUUCAGACAGACCAACGUGUUCUGUUUCACCUAGUCAACAGACUGUGCUAGAACCACCAUGCCAUGAGGCUGAAAAUGGGGGAGAGGAGAGGUCAAGAAAAACGACACAGUCAGAUGCACCCUUGGCAAUGGACACUGAAUCAGACAUUUUGGGAAGAAGAAGAAAACCUACACUAAUUAGGUCCAGAACAUUUGACCCUUCAAUAUUGUCACAACUACAAAGUGAUACUGAGUCAAAGAUUGAAAGAAAGAAGCUUCGGUCAUGUCAGUUUCUCCGGACAAACAACCAGUAUCACAAAGUUUUUAAAGACAUCAAUGAGAAUGAGCAGUUGAAACAGAGUUACACCUGUGCAUUGCAGAAAGAUAUUCUGUACCAAGGAAGACUUUUUGUGUCUGAUAACUGGAUCUGUUUCCAUUCCAAAGUUUUUGGCAAAGACACUAAGAUUGUUAUUCCAGUUACAUCUGUAAAAGUUAUACAGAAAACAAAAACUGCCAUUUUAGUGCCCAAUGCACUGGUUAUCACCACAGCACAAGAGAAGUAUGUCUUUGUAUCACUCCUGUCCCGAGAUACCACAUACAAGGUUUUGAUGUCAGUAUGCUUUCAUCUGGAAGACAAGUGUCUGGGAAACAGUUCUAUUCCCACUUCAGCACACAGGAACUACAGAGUAAUUCCUUCAGCACUUCCCUUGGACUUUACAGCAGACCUAUCCAAUUUGGAUGGUCCAGUGAGUCAUAGACGACAAGUAAUUGGGGACAGUAGUAGUUCAGACUCUCCAGAUUUGCCAGAGUAUGAGAAACUCUCAGAGUACCCAAAACAUUCUCAAGUGUUUAAAAAUGUGGUUAAACAAGACAGUGUAUCAGUCACUUACCCACAGCAAGCAAAACAUGAACAAUGUGCAUAUGAUGUAAAAGCAAUGAGGCAAUAUUCAUUUAACGGUCUUCUGAUGGUCUACCUAAUUUUAGUCUUCAUUUUAGUCUUGUCUUCAUGCUACAUGGCUCUCAAGAUAAUAUCUCUGGAACAAAGACUGACUUCUCUAAGAUCUAUGACGGAGCUUUCUCUCAGUGGUUUCAGAGAUGACCAUCACAGCUUACAUCCUGAGGACAAUGCUGAGAUCUAUUCUGUUCUAUCCAUGAAUCUUGUGAAAUUAGAAAAGAUUCAAAGAAACCUACAGAGACUACUGAAGAAAACCUAA